AUGUCUGCUGCUGGACCGUGCAGCCGGAAGGUGGGGCAGUGGGAAGUGGGUGCUCAGCUCGGGUCCGGGUCCUUCGCGGUCGUGUGGCACGCCGUGCACUGCGAGACGGGCGUGCACGCAGCAAUUAAGGAAAUUCCGACUGCCAGGCUCACGCCCAAGCUCAAAGAGAGCCUGGACUCGGAAAUCAAGGUGCUCGGCUGCGUCCGGCACCGCAACAUCGUCUCUCUCCUCGACACAAUCGUCGAGCCGGACCGGAUAUUCCUCGUCCUCGAGUACUGCCCCGGGGGCGACCUGUCGGACCUCAUCCGGCGCCAUGGCCGCCUGUCCGAGGCCCAGGCGCGGCGCUUCAUGCACCAGCUCGGAGCCGGCCUGAAGGCGCUGCGGACGCACAACCUCAUCCACCGCGACCUCAAGCCGCAGAACCUCCUCCUGACCACCCAGGGCGACGACGCGGAGAUCAAGAUCGCGGACUUCGGGUUCGCGCGCGACCUCCAGCCCGCGGGCAUGGCGGACACGCUGUGCGGCAGCCCCCUGUACAUGGCCCCGGAGAUCCUAUUAUACCACAAGUAUGACGCGCGCGCCGACCUGUGGAGCGUCGGGACGAUUUUGUACGAGAUGCUCGUGGGGCGCCCGCCCUUCACGGGGCAGAACCACAUCCACCUGCUGAAGAACAUCGAGCGCCGGGAGGCCAAGAUCCCGCACAGCACCGCCCAGGACCUGAGUCAGGACUGUCAGGACCUGGUGGCGCGGCUGCUGCGGCGCCGGCCGACCGAGCGGCUGACGUUCCAGGACUUCUUCGCGCACCCGUUCAUGAACGAGGAGAGCUCGGAGCUGUCGCCGCUCGGGUCGCGCGUGGGCGGCGCGAGCCCGCAGGGCUUCGGGGAGCAGCCGCCGCCGUUCAAGCUGACCGCGGACGAGUGGGCGGAGCUGCAGCAGCGCGGGCAGCAGGGCGUGGUGGACGACGCGAACCAGCAGCUCAGUGCGAUCAUCGAGAGCGAGUACGUGGUGGUGUCUCGCCCGGAGACCCCCGGGGGAGCUACGCGGGCGCACGCGUCGGACACGGGGAUGGUGCUGCGGCCGCCGACGGUGUCGGCGGUCAGCGAGGUGGACCCGCGCGCGCCGGGGGGGGAGUCUCGGGCGGAGCUGGCAGAUGCAAAGGGCGUCGGCGGGUCGCCCAAGUCGGUCCCGGGGACGUCGCGACGCCGACGGCGCGCCUCGACGCGGCGGACGCGACGGACUCCGUCCUGCUCGCGGGAGAAGCCGCCGGAACGCACGGCGCGGGACCCCCCCCCCACACACACCCCCCGCUCGUCCACUCCUUCACGAUGCCCAUCCGCGGCCCCCCGCCGGUCACCGAGGAGCAAGUCCGCGAACACGACCCCUUCUCCGGCCUCUGGACCGCGCCCCGGCGCGUCAUCGUGUCGAGCAGCAGCACCGACGAGCCCCCGCGCACUGCCCACCGCGUACACAACAUGCAGUGCAUGGCCGCGGCGCUGGCGUGCGCGGCGCGCGAGCAGCUCACGGCGCAGGACGGCGACAUCUUCAAGUCGCUCUCGCUGCUCCUCGCGUGUCUGUCGGUCCUGGAGUGCGCGCUCGGGCUGGUGGUCAAGGCAAUGA